CUGCUGCUUUGCAAAAUGGGAAAGAAUGAGGCUGUGGAUGAGACGAGAUAUGAUAUCUCAGCUCUGAAACCCCAUCUGACUGUCCACUGUUCCAACCAGCACGGGAUCUUUCUCUUCCCCACAGGUCAUUGGAUGGUGAUCCGAGUUAAUCUUCCCGUGAACAGUGUUGCUUAUGCCCACAUUUUGUUUCUCUGUCACACAGUGGGUCCUGCCAGUUGAGUGCUGUCUUCCCUUUACAUCCGCACCGAAAAGGUUUGGGUGACACUCUCAGUGGCUGCUAAUUGACGCCUACAUCUGCAAAUGGAAUUUGAGGAAAGGCGUGUGAUCCGAGUUCAGGGUGUGAAAUGCCACACUCACAGGUCUUCUUCGACGCACAAGCGAUCCAAGAGUGAUUCCGACAACACAGGCAGGGAAGAUAAAUUCGGUUCAUCACCUAAACAACUUUGUUCUAAGCUGGAUAUGGGAAAGACUAAGGACUACAUUGGAAUCAAGAAGAGAUCAUUACCGGACGCUGAGGUCCAACACUCAUUGAAGCAAGAGAUUCUGCAGCUUGAGAAGCGGCUGUUGGGUCAAUUCAAAACGCGAUGUGCACUAGAAAAAGCAUUGGGAUGUAGCUCAUCUGCAGUUCUCUGUUCCAAUGAUACUUGGAUGCCAAAGACUACCAAAGAGCUGAUAAGGGAGAUUGCAUUGUUGGAGUUGGAGGUCAUGUACCUGGAGCAGUAUCUACUGUCACUCUAUCGAAAAGCUUUCAGCCACCAAAUUGCUCCGUUAUCUGCUGAUACUGCACACAAAGAGACGAUGCCACAGAGUUCCCAGUUGGAGAUGUUUCAAGAUGAUGACGAUUCAACACAGGAAGCCUCAUCUGAGAAAGAAGGGCCAGGAGCUCAGUCUCAUCAGAUACGUGAAGCCUAUGAAUCCAUCUGCAAGGAGAAGAAUGCUGGUGCAGACGUUCGACUCGGUCAUUCCUCGGUCUCGCAACGAGCAACUCGUUCCGCGAGAAUAUCACCUACGGAAGAGAGCAUUGCGAGAGCUCUUCGCUCCAGCCAUUCUCAACCCCUGGCAUUUCCCAAGGCAAGAACACAUCUACGUUGCAAGCUCUGUUCAUCACUGGAUCAAGGAGUUCUUUUUCCUUCAGCUUAUGAAUCGAAUUGUGUUGUUGGGCAGGAAGAGAAGAAUCAUGCUUCGAGUGUGAUCAGCCUAGCGGACUAUCUCGGUGCUAAUAUAGCUGAUCAUGUUCCGGAAACCCCCAAUAAGCUCUCAGAAGACAUGGUGAGAUGCAUGUGUGCCAUAUAUUGCAGACUUGCAGAGCCUCCUUUGGUUUGCCAUGGCCCUCCAUCGUCUCCUGUUUCAUCCCUCUCAUCAAUCACUGAGCUUUCUGUUCUUGACACUCCCAUCCAUAGAAGAGAACCUCUUCUUGACUACUCUCGCUUGAUUCAUCCUUUCCAAGUCGAAGGACUAAGAGAAUUCAGCGGACCGUAUGCUUCCAUGGUUGAGGUUCCUUCGAUCAGCAGGGACCCUCAGAGGCUGAAAGAUGUGGAAGACAUGCUACAAAACUACAAGUCAAUUCUUCAGCGACUGCGAAAGGUCAAUCCAAGGAAGAUGAAGCACGAGGAGAAGCUUGCGUUUUGGAUAAACAUACAUAAUGCCUUGAUGAUGCAUGCAUAUGUAGAAUAUGGGAUUCCACAGAACAAUGUGAAGAAGGCAUCACUGCUCAUCAAGGCAAGCUGUAACAUCGGUGGUGGCUCAGUAAAUGCAGCCAUCAUACAGGGUUCUAUUCUUUCUUGCCGCACACAUUGCCCUGCUCAGUGGCUUCAAUCGUUGCUGUUCCCAAGGUUAAGAAACAAGGCUGGAGAUCGCUGGCAAGGAUACACCAUUGAGCAACAAGAACCUCUUCUUCAUUUUGCACUUUGCUCAGGAAACCAUUCUGAUCCUGCGGUCCGAGUGUACACCCCCAAGAGACUGUAUCAGCAGCUGGAAGCUGCAAAAGAGGAGUUCAUUCGUGCCACCGUGAGGAUUCGGAAGGAACACAAGAUCGUCAUGCCCAAGGUUGUGGACUUGUACGCCAAGGACAUGAAGCUAAGCUCACAGGCACUGCUUGACAUGGUUCACCAUCAUCUUUGUGAGACACUCAGGAAAUCCAUGCAAGGGUUCCCACAAGCCAGGUCAGGAAAGAUCAUUGAGUGGGAGCCUCAUAACUUUAGUUUCAGAUUUCUUCUGUCAAGAGAACUUGCAUUUGCUUAAUUAGGACGUGAAGAGAGGUGAUUUGGUUCAUUUUUGUUUUCCCUUCUUUGUUCAAGGCCAUUAUUUACUGUGUAUAGAGGCAAGACGUCGUGUUGUAUAUCCUCUACAGAAUUCAA